AGCUGAUCUCAGUAAAUAACAACUUGAUCACUGAGAGCAGCACACAUAUACGACGUCUAAGUAGAAUCAUACAUCCAGUUGACAUCCAGCAAAUCCUUAUGAACAACCAAUUUUUAAGCUCUACAUCUUUCAGUCCUCCUGAAGGAGCCCAGGUUGAGUCAGCCCACCUCCAAAGUGCUGCCAAAUUAUCAGAAGAGAUAGAUACCUAUGAUGGGGCACACAGAUCUCAAUUCUAUGAAUUGGGUCAGAAAUUAUUGGAGGAGAGCAUGGGUCCGAAUCGGCCUCUGAUAUCUUCACCGACGACAAUGUAUGAGCUCCGGGAAGAGUACACUGGCGCCCCAUCUUUUGUAGCGCAGAUCGACAGCUUGAUGGAUCAAGGUUAUACAAAGAUUAUUCGUACUAAAGGUGAUGGAAAUUGCUUCUACCGAGCUCUUGCAUACGCAUACCUCAGUAGCCUCAUCGAUUCCCCAAAUCUUGUUUAUUCUGCAAAAUCCGUGAUAGAAUCAGGCUCCAGAAUGAUGGAAAAGAAUUUCAUGGACGCAGAUAUUAUUUCGACUUUCUGUGAACCCCUUAUGGAUCUAGUAGAUGCCGUUGGAAACCCCGACCCUAAACGAGUGUUGACGCAUGACCAUUUACUGUCUGCUUUCCUGGAAGACGAAACGUCAAAUUGUAUUGUCACGUACUUGCGACUUUUAACCACAGCCCAAAUCCAAUCCGCGAGCGACGAUUAUGCUGGCUUUCUCUUCGACGAUUCAGGAGAGUCAUUGGAACCUACCGAAUUCUGUCGGCAAUAUGUCGAUCCACUUGGGAAAGAAGCAGAUCAUGUUCAGGUGGCAGCCUUGUGUCGGGCACUCAAACUGCACAUCAGGAUUGCAUAUCUUGAUGGUCAUUCUCCGGAUGGCCAAGCCCACUUCCAAGACAUUAUACCGCCAGACGACGGAAAGAACAAACCGUUGAUUCUCAUCUAUCGCCCUGGCCAUUACGAUGUUUUGAUAAAGACGAACUGAUUCGGUGGAGUAUGACCUCACUAGUGCAGAUAUUCCCUACCUAUUGGUGUGGCAUGGCCGCGUCUCCAAUCCACUAUGAGUCUGACAUACCUAUAUAUAUCCUAUGUGUAUCCAGGUGGUUUGGCCAGCAAAUGUAUGAUAUGGUUUGAUCAUGUGUGUUUCAAUUGC